AUGGCAACCUUUGCACGUUAUCCUGAAUCACUGAUUCCUCAGGAUAUUGACUCAAACUUCAUGGAAAUUCAAAAAUCUUUUGCUACGUUAGGAACAGUGAAUAACAGCAACUCCAUACUAAAAGAGCUCCGACUACACAUUUACGGCAACACAACCGAACAGAAAUUCCUGAUUGACUCUGAGUCAAUCGUAUCCAUACUACUUGCCAAAAAGUUCCGUAAAAAUCGAAGUAUUGACCCAUUUACCUUCUACGCUGCAAAUUCAUCACAAAUAAACACAUACGUCGCCAAAAUCAUCAAACUUGAUUUAAAUCUCCACAGAGAUUUCAUCUGGUCUUUCAUCAUCGCAGCAAUCAUCGGAGCUGAUCUCUUAACUCACUACAACCUGCUGAUUGACUUAAAAUACCAACAAGUGAUUGAUCCAGUUACUGUAGUGGAAACACAGCAUUACGGCAUCUCAGCCAAUCAUCAAGCCAUACUUAAAUUCAAAAGCACGCGCAUAUGCGCACAAAAUUACUAUGGUCCAACAGUCAUUGCACGAGCACGUAAACUAACCGGUAAAAAGGCAGCGGCGACAAAAACUCAAAUCAAAAAACUUCUGGACUCCGGAAUCAUCAGACCCUACAGCAGUAUUUACGCCAGUCCUAUUCAUAUGGCACGAGAGAAAGACAACAGCUGGAGAAUGUGCAGUGACUACCGUAAACUCAAUAAUGCCACUGAUCCAGACAUAUACAGCCAUGCGCUCAUCCAAGAUCUCUUUCUACUUCUACAUAAUAAAAGACGUUACAGCAACAAAAUCGACGGCGUAAAAGCAUACCUAAAAAUACUUAUUCACGUGGAGGACAUUGAAAAAACUGCCGUUAUAACUCCAUGGAGUUAUUACGAGUACCUAAGUAUGCCCUUUGGUGUAAAAAAACACCACCCAAUCAUACCAAUGAUUGAUGGAUGCACUCUUCAGAUACCUGGACUUCGUGUUCGUCUACGUAGAUGA